AUGACCAUCUCGUCUGCGGAAGCAACGUCAACUACCCAGCAACUCACAACGAGAGCGAUGGUGAACUACAUUGUGGAGCAUGCAGCCCCAUCGGCAGUGUGCCUCGUGCGCAAGAUUCAGAACUCGCCGUACCAACCGCUAUCAUCGGAGAAAGUGUUGUCCGUUGCUACACCUAACGUCCUCUCGCUGCGCCCACCGACACACGUAGCGCAUCAGGCACUUAUGGAAUUCUAUUCAGCCAUAAACGGACACUGUGGCGUUAACUGCCCCGACCCUUUCUCUAUAGAACUCCAAGUAGCCUCAGGUCGUCCGCGGGACGCUAAUGCCGAAGGACGUAUGAGGGAGUGCCCCCUGCCACACAACAGCGCUACUGGCACCACACCGCCUUACGGAUGUGCGGGGGGUACCGCAUCCUCAUCACUACCACAUGCCCCUCCGUCACAGGGAAUAGGGGUUGUGGCGGGUGGUCGAAACUCUGCUCAUCAACAGAACAUGGCUACACCACUGCCAUCCCCUGCAGGUUCCCCACUGCUCCCAACCAGUGCAGCAUCCUCUUCUGAGGAUUACCGCCUCUCACAGAUCCGUCGAAAUGAGCGCCACGUGGGAAAUGCAACAUAUGGCAGGGUAUGUACUUUCUUCCUCACUCGGGAGGGCUGCAGGCGUGGGAAGUACUGCAAUUUCCUCCACAUUGGUAAGGGACCGGCGGGUGGCGGGUCUGCGUUGCCUUAG